AUUUCCUUUUGAUCCAAUGAAGGAAAUGAUUACUGAAUAAUAAUAUUUGUCAAAAAAAUGAGUGAGAGAUCAGUAAAAUGUCAUAACUCGUUCAUACAUGGAGAUGAUUUUUCGUUUGGUCGGUGCAAUCCUUAAACCUGAAAUGUUCAACUUGUCUAUUCAAACUCGUCUGCAAGUUAUGUGUGCAGUGAUCGAUUAUCGCAACGUUCGCGUUAUACCCGCAUAGAAAACUUACGCAUCGAUUGUAGUACAUACUGUAAUAGUCGACCUUGCCGCGUGCGAGAUGUUGUGAUUUGUUUGCGUGAAAGACGUUUGUUUCAGCUCUCGAGUCUCGAUCAGUUUUUCAUGUAAAAAUGCACGGCAAAAGUGCUCGAUUCGUAACGUACUAACGUGUAACGCGCGUGCGAAACAAACGACGUCCUGCCGUAUAGGUAAUAGUGUUUACGUUCUGUUAGUCGCUUGUUUUCUCAGCUCGCGCUGUACUGCUCGCAUUGCCCGUGCAAUCAAGUUUGCUGGCUUUCAUACUCGAGUCGAGUCGAAAUCGUAACCAUUGUAGUGUUGGUUUUCGUCUGUGUGUAAUAUGAAUAUCGACGAUUUUGUAAAAAGUCACCCACAUUUUUUCAAUGAAAAAGAUUCCAAAAAUACAAAGCGACUAAUACAACUGGUACGACAAUGUCCUUACCAAUUUAAAGGCUCGGAGAAGGAACAGAAAAGAAUCAUAGAUUUGCGCAAUAAUAUGGAAAAUUGGCAAAGCCUCUUGUUAGAUUACCACAAUAAUAAGAACUGGGAAUUCCCAAUGGUAUUAAGAAGGCUUCUUAUUUCCAAAAACGUACUAAGAAAGUGGGACCUCAUGGCCGUUAACAAAAAUCUAACUGAGGAAGAAAUGAGAAUCGCACUCGAAGAAGAUGAGAGGCUACGUCAACUACCAACUGAUUAUCGCAAGCCUAGUGUGAAAAUGCUCGAAGAAAUUGUCGAUGUUUUCAUACGAUUACAAGAUCUUUGGGUCGGAGUUAGCAUAAAAUUUACUUUAGCAGUUGCAAAUCGAUACAUCAGCAUUGUAGCAAGACGAUCAAGAUGUCAAGGAGUUGUCGACAUAAAUUAAAUGAAAUGUCUUAAUGACUCGCGAUAAUUAUGAGACGAUGAUUAUAAAAUAAAUAAAGUGAUUCCUAUAGUAAA